AUGAAUGUGAGGAACAAUGAAGCUUUUGAGCCUCCUCUUGGCCCUCCAAUUGAUGGAAAGCAAAUUGAAUGUGAGUUAGAUGUGGAUGAUAAUGAGGACAAUGAUGGAUUAGAUAUAAUCCUUCGUGAAAAUCAAAUGGUUGAAGAACUGACGGUUGGUAUGAUGUUUGAUUCUGAAGAUGAUGUUUUAUCAUAUUAUAAGCAGUAUGCCAAGCAAGUAGGUUUUGGUGUGACAAAAAGAUCUCAUAUAAUUGGAGAUAAUGAAAAUGCAAGAUACUUCACCAUUGCAUGUCUUCGUGAGGGCAAGUCAAAAAGCAAAGCAUCUAACAUCGUUAGGCCAAAACCAAUGGGGAAAAUGGGGUGCAAGGCAAAGAUCAAUGCAAAAUUAAGUGAAUAUGGAAGAUUUACAUUGUCUAGUGUCGUGCUUGAACACACUCAUGUAGUAAGCCCAAGCAAGGAAAAAUAUUAUAGAUGCCAUAAGAAGUUAAAUUCUCGUGUGAAAAGAAAGCUUGUACAACUAGAUGACGCUGGAGUCCAUUUAAGUAAAAAUUACAAAGCUCUUACUAUUGAAGUGGGUGGGUAUGAGAAUCUUCCAUUUGGAGAGAAAGAUUGUCGAAAUUACAUUAACAAAGUAAGGAAUGAGUUACUUGGAGAAGGAGAUGCCAAAGCAUUGCGUAACUAUUUAAUGAGAAUGCAACAAAAAUAUAUUACACAUCCAAAAUGA